AUGGCGAACCCUACGCCAGACAACCUUUACGGCUACAAUGCCAACAAGAUUCUUCCAAUCAUUGCUGCGGCAGUGAUUGCAGUAUCUUGCAUCGGCCAUGCCCUCCAGAACAGUCGAUACAAGUUUUGGCGGGUGACAUUCUUCAUGUUCUACGCCGGCUUGUUUUAUACUAUUGGUUGGGUCUUUCGAAUCAUUUCGGUCCGCAAGACAGACAGCCUUGCUUUCUACAUGAUCCAGAGCAUCUUUGUCUACCUUGCACCACCCAUCUACUCGGCUGCAGAGUACAACACUCUCGGGCGACUGAUGCACUACCUACCAAUGCACGCCAUCAUCAACCCGAACCGCGUCGUUUACAUCUUUGUCUUUCUGGGCGCGCUCGUCGAGACGCUCACUGCCAUUGGCGCCUCUUGGAUGGCCGCCGGUAAUGGCAAGCAAGACAAGGACCGGUACGUCCAGGGCUCGACCUUUAUGGCCAUCGCCGUGGUCCUGCAGGGUGUUGUUGAGAUCGCCUUUAUCGCCUUGGUCGGCAUCAUCCACCACCGCUGCGUCAAGGCCAAGAUGAUGCCCAAGAACGUGCGAACCCUGUUCAUCAUGCUCUACGGCACAUCAUUACUCAUCAUCGUGCGCUGCGUGUUUCGCGCCGUCGAGACCUUCCAGCUGAGGGACAUCCUCUCAAGCGAAAGGGACAACAACGAGGCGCUCCUCAAGCACGAGUGGCCUUUUUACGUGCUCGAGACCAUCCCGGUUGCCCUAUACACCUACUGGCUCAACAUUGUACAUCCCGGCCGAUACCUCCCCAGCGACCCGCGCCAGUAUCUCGACUUUGACGGCAAGACGGAGCGCAUGGGACCUGGCUGGAUCCACAACCGGCCCUGGUUCGCGUACGUGGCUGAUCCAUUCGACUUCAUCGGAAUGUUUACGAUGAAGAAGCGAGACCCGUUCUACCUCAGGGCGAGCGAGUGGCCCGAGGUGGACAACUGCUUCGCCCAGGGCCAGGGGUCGAACGUCGUCGGGAAGGCCAAGUACUCGGCAAUCGCCAAGAACGAGUCGCACGAGUCUCGCUUCUGA